AUGCGCAUGCAUGUGCAGGACAUUCCCUUCACCUUCCUAGCGCCGUACCGUUAUCCGUUCAACCAGUGUCCCUUCACACCUAACGAGACGCAGCUUGCGUCGUACUUGUCGGGUAUCAUCAACGCCGUGGCCGCCUCUGGUUCUCCCCUGUCGCCGCGCACCAGCUCCCUCACCUCCCGCCUGCUCAAGAACACCCCAAGCUGGAAGCCCUGGACCGCCACCUCGAACCCCGUCAUGAACAUAGACACGGCUGGACCGCGGGUGUUUGAGGCGGCUGACCUGCUGCUGGAUGCCAAGUGUCAAUUCUGGGACGACCUCCUGAACGCGGACAUAACCGCGGGCACUGCCUUCCACAGCUGA